AUGUGUCACGAAAGAAAAAACGUUUUCGCCUAUCUCGGAGCAUGGGCAGCCUACCGUGAGGGUCGAGGAAAAUUCAUCGUAAAUGACAUCGCUCCAAACCUAUGCGAUUACCUGAUCUAUGCAUUUUUCGGUAUCGAUGGAAGCGGCUCGGUCGAAAUAUUGGAUCGCUCGCUCGACGUAAAUAAUGGUAAUAUUCGUCAGUUCAACGAGUUGAAAAGUGCCAAUCCGUCGCUCAAAACGCUAGCCUCCAUUGGAGGCGCAAAAGUUCCUUCGUCAACAUUCUCAAAAGUGGCUGCCAGUGCCAGUCUGCGAUCAACGUUUGCCAUCAAUGCGAGAAGAUUCUGUAAGGAGCAUGGUUUCGAUGGAAUUGAUAUAGACUGGGAAGUUCCGAGUAGCGGUGACCGUUCGAAUUUCGUUCAGUUACUAGCAGCGUUGGCUAGUGAACUACAUAGCGCCGGGCUUAUCUUAACAGUGGCCGUCGUUCCAAGUGAAUCACGAGCGUCGGAGUCCUACGAUAUUCCCGGUAUCGCACGUCAUGCAGAUUACAUUCUCCUUAUGACGUACGAUUAUAAUUAUUACGGGGACGGUUAUACUGGCCACAAUGCCCCGUUGUAUGCCGGGCCCUCGGAUAGGAGUGAAUUCCAAAAACAGCUGAACAUCGACCAUAGCGUCUCGUAUUGGCGUCGUAACGGUGCUCCAGCCCACAAGCUGAUACUGGGUGUUCCGGCGUACGGCAAAACAUUCAAACUUGCCAAUACACGUGACCAUGAUCUGCGGGAUAAAACAAUAGGAGCAGGAAAUGCGGGACGGUACACCAAAGAAGCUGGGAUCCUUGCGUACUACGAAGUGCUUGAGAACUUGCAAAACGGUUGGACCAGAUCUCGGGAUUCCACACAGAAGGUACCGUACGCAUAUUCUGGUGACCAGUGGAUGAGCUAUGAUGACAGCGAGAGCAUUGCUGAUAAGUGUAACUAUGUGGUUAAUCGUAAUCUUGGUGGAGUAAUGAUGUGGACCAUUGACAUGGAUGAUUUCGAUGGCAACUUUGGGUAUAAAUACCCUCUGUUGAAGAAGGUCAACGAGAUUGUGAAACCCCCACAGAGUUCAUGCGGCUGCUAUACUAUAUAUACCUGUGCACAAAUGUUAUUGAGCUGUUGUCGUGCCGGUUUCGAAAUGUCACGAAUCAAGUCAAAUAAUUGGAAGGAUCUUGAAAUUAGGAGGAACAGUGAAGGCAAAGCUAUUUCGUCUUAUUCGUCGUCGUCGUCGAAAAAACUCGUGGUCAGCUAUUUGGGAUCUUGGGCAGUGUAUCGUACAGGACGGGGGAAAUUCAACAUCAGUGACAUCGAUCCUAAUUUAUGCGAUUAUCUGAUCUACGCAUUUUUCGGGAUCGAUGAGAAAGGCGAAGUCAUAUUUUUAGAUUCCUGGACAGACCUGGAGGAAUGCAAAGGACGGGGUGCAAUUCGUCAGUUCAACCAGUUGAAAAGUGCCAAUCCAUCGCUCAAAACGCUCGCCUCCUUUGGAGGAGUGACGUUUGAAUCAGAAAAAUUCCUGCAAGUGGCAGCCGAUUCCAAUUUGCGAUCGUCCUUUGCCGUCAAUGCGAGACUAUUCUGUAAGGCCCACGAUUUUGACGGAGUCGAUUUAGCCUGGCGCGAUCCGAGUGAAGGUGAUCGUUGGAAUUUCGUUCAGUUGCUGGCAGCUUUGGCAAGGGAACUGCAUGACUCCGGACUCAUCUUAACAGUGGCCGUUGGUGCAAUCGAGUCAAGAGCGCCGGAUUCGUACGAUAUUAACUGUAUUGCACGUUAUGUAGAUUACAUCUUUCUUAUGGCGUUCGAUUACAACGGCUUCUGGCCAAAUCACACUUGCCACAAUGCUCCGUUGUAUGCCGGGCCUUCGGAUACGACUGAAUUCCAACGACAGCUGAACAUCGAUCACAGCGUGCAGCACUGGCUUCGCGAAGGUGCUCCGGCCAAUAAGCUGAUACUGGGGGUUCCAGCUUUCGGGAAAACCUUCCGACUAUCCAAUGAAUUAAGCCAUGGGGUGCAAGCUCCAUCAGCUGGACCAGGAGUUGAAGGACCGUACACCAAAGACGCUGGUAUCCUUGCGUACUACGAAGUGCUCGAGAACUUGCAAAACGGUUGGAUCAAAGUCAAGGAUGAUACGCAGAUGGUACCGUAUGCAUAUUCUGGUGACCAGUGGAUGAGUUAUGAGGACAAAGAGAGUAUUUCCAACAAGUGCAAGUAUGUGAGUGAACAUAAUCUAGGAGGGAUUGUGAUGUGGUCAAUUGAUACGGAUGAUUUUCGCGGUUCCUUGGGAUGUAAAUAUCCACUGUUGCAAGCGGUUAAUCAACGUAUGCAGUCGGUUACGGAGGAUUCUCGACCGUAG